ACUACAAACAUGGAGCGGGACAGAGCAGUUAGCAUUGACUGUUAACAGUUAACUAACGUGUAUCAACGGUUUACUGUUGAUAUCCAUUAUUUUCACGCCUGAACGACACAAAUAAUGAACGCUAUGUGUUAUAUAACGAACUGACCCUAAGAACGGCUUUAGAACGAAGUAAACGAGAAGUCGUGGUGCACUGCUGUAACGGUGCUAACUUAGUUUGCGUUAGCUGGUAACUUUCCGCGUUAAACCCUAAACCCGUGGAAGAGGUUCAGUGUUGUCGGGGAGAUGGAGCUCAGUGACGGGCACUAACGUUAUCACUAGGGAAACCAUAUCGCCCUUACCUGACUCUGCCUGUGCUCUUGGAGGUUAGCUGCUCGGAUGGUUUUCUUCUGUCAUGCUACAACAAACAGUCCUGUAGUAGAACAUAACCAGUGCCCCCUGCUGAUGGCGCCGUACCGGAGAAAAGGAGCCGUAAACGCCGCUGAGCUGCUGAGCCGGAGGAGCAGAGGUAUCCGGGAAGCUGGCACUCUGAGCAGGCACAACAUGAGGGUCCUGAGAGGUAUCAUCCUCCAGGACAGCAGGGAGUUCAUUAAAGCGUGGAGCAAGACCUCAAAAUCCACAAUAAAGUAUCAGGAUGGUAAAAUCUACUUACAAAAUUUCCAGAACUGCUACAGCUGUGUUUAUUCAGAGCCUCAACUUCUUUACAAACUGCCCAAGAGAUCUAAAUUGGAGAAAUUUGAAGAUGCCCUGUUGUGUCAGAGCUCGCUUGAAAGUACGUUAGCCUCCCCCUCUGAUCAUAAACCCAGCCUCUUGGCUCUGACGGCCGAUAACUGGCUGUGUCGCCUUUCAGCUGAAACGGGAGAAGAGCUGCAGAGAGUUUACCUCUCUUCGAAACACAAGUUCAGGUAUCUUGGCUGGGAUGUCACUCAAGAGAUAUUUUAUGUUAAAUCUGUUCAAAACAAAGAAUCAUCUUUAGCACGACAGGCAGGUAUCACUCAGAAUACAGUGAUGCAUAUGGCCAUCUUUCAUGUCUUCCCCCUACAAAUUGUGGGCAUGUUGGAGAUCAACAAAAAGAUAUUUGGCAAUGGGGUCACCGAUGUUGAUCUGUCUCUAGGUGUCCUUGUGGUGUCUUACAGCAACAAGUCAGUGAAGCUGUACAGUUUUGAGCACAUUGUACAAAAGUACUUGACAGAGAAGUUAAUGCUUGGAAAGCAGAGUUCACUUCUUGGAGGCAAAACUGUGGGAGAUACUCCGUUUGGUAUCCCAGUAAAUAUUCAGAUCACAGAUUGUCCUCCAGUGCUCUUUGAAGUGUCAUGCGCUCAUAACAGUUUCCAGAUUGGAGGCUACCCGUGGCACUACAUCUACACACCACCGCAUAAAAGUCACGAAGGCACUCACCACAUCUGUUCUCUCAAGGAAAGCACUUUAGCAAUAAAUGGUAUACAAAACAUGGACUGCUGCUCUCUAGUGAGUGAUGCCAUCUUCUUCCACCCUGAUGACUCGGGGAGAAUCUUUCAUGUUGGACCCGCCACAAUAAAUGUCCUUAAAAUCAAAGGUGAACUGAACAGUGGUUUACCAUCAAAGGUAAUUAAGGAUUUCUCCAUGGCAACUCUUCGAAACAACAAUCCCUCACAAGUGACUGUCACGUCAUCGGGCCGCACAGUGAAGAAAAGAUUUCAUCAGCUGGAUGAUGACCCAGAUUUAGAGACAUUCCAUAUGGUGGAAUAUGAGGAUGAGCUUGACCUUUUGGCAGUGGUGGUAAUUAAUGGUGAGGAGGGAGAAGGCAGAGCCCACAUCCGACUGCACGACAACCAGAGUGGGCAGUUACUGCGGACAGUUGAUCUGGAGGAACCAUGGGACGAAACGUACCGACAUGAGUUGUUUUUUGAUAAGGACACAAUUGUUCAUAUUGAACAAAAGAACACCAACUUCUGCUGCCAUGUUUACAAACUCAAGGCUGCCAGAAAAUAAGUGCCAUUUACUUUGUAAGGUUACAUAAAUAUUUGAUUUCAAAACUUGUUUUUGUACAGGUUUUCUGUUAAACAUAUCUGGAUCACUGUGUCAAUGUUUCUUAUGUGUGGGUUACAUUAACUUGGUCCGUCUCACAUCAACAUUAUUUACACUCUUUAUCUUAAAAAAAAGGGUUUUGGUAAUAAGUAAAUGAUGGUCCUUUGCUACUUGUCAUCCUCUCUCUCCCUGUCCUCAAGUAAAAGUAAUAAAGUAUUGACAUCAACAUUGAAAUAACUAAUGUUGCCCAUAUUAGAAUUAUCUAUAUUUGAGGAUUACAAUAAGUGAAUAAUAAUGUAUUAGUGGAUUAUGUUUUGUAUUUAUGCAUUCAUAGUACUUGAGUAAAUGUAGCCCACUCAGUCACAGUCCACUGGUUGUAGCCUAAUAGAUAAAACAUAAACAAAUUGUAAUUAGAUUUUCAUUUGUAACGUAACAUUUUUGUAAUUUUGCAAUGUUUUUCAUUCUUAUUUGAAUCACUUUAUUUUUCAUAUUAAAUGUAUUUUCUCAA